GCCAAACCUGCUUUGUAUGUAUGUAGUGGUAAGGUAGCGGACAAGAGUCGCCAUUUUUUGGCAGCUCGUGUUACAAAGCAUUGAGCAUUUUAAGCAGGUCGUCUCUUCUGCGAAUUCUUACCGAGGAAUCUGUCAACUAACACACUCAGAUGCUAAGCGAUUCCGAAGCCGCCGAGCUGCUGUCUUUCCUGACUCCUUCGACGCGGCCAGAUGUCAAAGGUCACACCACCGGCUACAUCCUGGGCUUGUCGGGAAACAGAGAUGGCUGCCGCUUUCUCCGCGCCAAACCAGACUUUAUCACCGCUCUUUUCGCUCUGACGUCCGACCCGUCUAUCGCCAUCGCGAAGGACUGCUACCACAUCUUCAUCAACCUGUCGGCCGAAGAGACUCUGCACCAGGUGCUAGUGAAAGACAUCGGCAUAAUCCCCACACUACUUAAAAACCUGAAGGAUCAGCAGUACCCGUUUUCUGACCAGAUCUGCACCAUUCUGUCAAACUUGACGCGCCACGAGAAGACAUGCAAGACGAUCUUUCAGUUCCUCCAGGAAGAGUUAGGCCUGGCUCAGCUGGUAGACAUCUUGUGUACAGAAAGCUACAACCCUCAUGCCAAACUGCAAUACUUGGCUCCCCUGCUGUCCAACCUGACGCAGCUUCCUGACGCCAGACGCUUCAUUAUGGACAAAGACAGGUGUGUGAUCCAGCGUUUGCUGCCGUUCACGCAGUAUGAGGCUUCGGCGGUGAGGCGAGGCGGAGUCAUCGGCGUCCUGCGCAACUGCUGCUUCGACUCCGCCAAUCACGAGUGGUUGCUGGGCGACCAAGUGGACAUUCUGCCCUUCUUGUUGCUCCCGCUGGCCGGCCCGGAAGAACUGAGCGAGGAGGACAAUGAGGCUCUGCCGGUGGACCUCCAGUACUUGCCAGAGGACAAGAAGAGAGAAGAGGACCCCGAUAUCAGGAAGAUGCUCCUGGAGACGCUCAUGUUGCUGACGGCGACCAAAGAUGGCCGACGGACUCUGAAAGACAAGAACGUAUACGUCAUCAUGAGGGAGUUCCACCGCUGGGAGAAAGAGCCCAAAGUCAGCAGCGCAUGUGAAAAACUGAUCCAGGUGCUGAUCGGUGACGAGCCGGAACUGGGCAUGGAGAACCUUUUGGAGGUGAACAUUCCGGAAGAUGUGGAAGAGAAGCUGAAGGAGGCCGACGUGGAGGAGCAGCGAGAGCUGGAGGCCCAAGAGGAGAGGAGACAAAAACAAGAAGAAGAGGAGCAGACAGACAUCAGGCAGGAAUAAAGCAGACAAUGAAAUAUUUUUUUAUAUGUAGGAUAUAAAUAGGAUAUGAACAAGAACACACACAAAUAUAAAAGACUUUAAAUAAAAGAUUUUAGCGUAUUUACAGGUCACAUCCUGUUAAUUUUUGGGCAUUUCCAUCUCACUUCCUGGUAAUUUUGCAUCGCUUCCUGUUGAUUUUGGGUCACUCCUUGUCGAUUAUGGUGCAUUUACAGGUCACUUCCUGUUGGUUUUAGGACAUUCACAGGUCACUUUCUGUUGAUUUUUGGUCACCUCCUGUUGAUUUUGGGGCAGUUCUGGAUCACUUCCUGUGAUUUUACGGCCAUUUUUGGUAAAAAAAAAAAAUAUAUAUAUAUAAUGACGGUUUAAUGAGUGUUGUAUGUGCCAUUGGAACUCACUGGAAAUGUAUGGGGAAAUUUUUGUCCAGUUUUGGCGCAACCAUACGUUUUUUUCCAAAAACAACUUUUGCGCUUUGAUUUUGUGUUUGUGUAUGAAGUAUAUGAAUCAGAAAAAAACUGUAGGACAGGUAACAUUUAGAAAAUUGAAAAUGAACCUAAAUGAAUGUUCCAAAAUUGCACGCGUUUGGAAAUUAGAACGUUGUGAAUCAUGCGGGAGAAAAAAUACGAUCAUUUUAGGAUGAGCAUUGCUUCGCAACAGAUGGCGCCAAAGCUCCACCUACUCCUCUCGACUACUACUUUGUUACACCACAUUAAAAGGUUAAAAAAGCACUUUAUUUUCUCUCAUUUCCCUAGUUUGAAGCAUUUUUCAACUAAUUAAUUUGCAUGUUGGUUUAAAUUCAUCAUGAAAGCGAAGGAUUGUUUGAUUUUAUGUAACAAAACGGCGUGUAAAAUUGAACUGCUCCAGAUAUAGGUCAGGUUGUUUCUAAAAUAAAAGCGACGACCUGAAGACAAUCCAUAAACCAUCAAUAGGAAAAGUUUGAUGAGAUAUGUUGAAGUUCUCAAAGAGAUUGUAAAACUCACAAAAUAUAAAAUAAGCGAUAUUACGCCACGCUUUGUUAAGUAUUAGAAACCACUGCUUUUACUCUGAAAAUCAGAACAUUGCCGGAACUCACAUAGUGGACAUUGAGUGUACUUUAAGACCAAAAAGGGGGAACUAAAAUGAGUAAUCAGCUUGAAUUCAGAAUUAAAAUUCUUCAAAAACAUUAGAGUUCGUGGGUCACACCGAUUUUCACUUGCGCAUUGAGGGCCGAGGUCCUUGCGCGUGAUCGAGAGCUCGCUGACAUGCACGCGCACGGCCGUGUACGACGUGUCAGGCGUGAGCGAAGCCAAAUGUGAAGGAUGAAAAACGUCAACAACGUUCUUACUGUUUAUACGGCUGAACGUUUUUCCUGAAUAAAGGAACGUCAUUGGCUGCCAAUGACGGCGAUAGACGUCCGAUCCAUUUUCAGACUAAUCGCGUUAUGAGUGGAAAGCACGUACGAAGACAACAAAAUCAAAUGAAACAUUAUAGGGGGGACAAGGUGAUUUUUAUCAAGAAUACACUGUGCAAAUAUUCAUUGGUUUCUCGAUAGGCUGCUGCUGAUGAUGAGGGAGUGAAAGGGGAAGCUGAGUCAAAAACAAGUGCAUACCUGUUAAAUUGUAGAAAUUGCAAAUAGGGAGAUUUCUGUUUGCCAACCCCGAUGACGCGCGCGCGCGACAAUCGCUAAGACAAAAUGCAACCAUUUUUUUUUCAAGUUCAUUUUGGUCACAACACUUGUGUAAAAAUUAACUACACUGUCAAAGAACCUCUUUUUGGUGGCAUCAGAGAUAGUCUUCAACUUGCUCCAUGUAUUGUCUGGCAUCAUGUGAUACUGCUAUGUUGCCUGUGUCAUGCCAGUUCUCCUUGUUCCUGUAAUCAACAUCUAGGAUAUCCUCAGCUUUCCUGAUCACAUCCAUUUGCACAAAUUUGGACAUCAGCUUCCUCAGCAGCCUCUUCAUCUCAUCAACCAUCACUCCAAUUAGGGUUUCGUCGGACUAAAUCAGCAAGAUUAAAAACAUUAAUUACAUCAUUUAGAAAAUUAAUCAUAUUUGUUUUUAAAAGUAUCUUUGUCAUGGCAGUUUUUUAAUUGAAUUGUAACCUAGAAUUGAAACUUUAUAUUUUUUGUUUAAGCACAGUAAUAAUGAUAUAAUGUAAUAAAGUGUAUAGUCUACACUUUAGCUUUAGCAUAAUAGCGAAUCUAAAUGAUUAAACUUCAAGUAAGUAACGAUAUGCUUUCUCACUUAAAUUCAAAUAUUGUGGGGGUAGGACCGCAGUGGUUUAAUAUUCCAUGAUGUUUGAUCCACGAAAACACAAGAGUAAAGCAGCGACUACUUCCUCGUCAUCGUUCUCCCAUCAUUAGCUCUAAUGCUAUUAGCAUUAGGCUAGUUAGCUAUCGCUGGCAGGUAAGAUUUACGGCAAUUACGUUGACGAACGUCGUUUUUCCCGAAUACUGUAGGCCGACCAGGGUCAGCUCCAUCUCUUCCUUCCAAAAUAAAGACUUGAACCAGUCUAAAAGGCGGUUUAUUAGUGCCAGCAUCUUGGGAAGUCGGUGGUGCUUCGCCUCUUCCCUCUCUGUCAGAUGUUUGGUUGGGGUUUUCCAGCUCUGAAGGGGAGGGAGGGCAGGGAAGUCGGAGACGGCAAGGCUAUUCGUUGUUGUUCACUUUCCGAAUCGGGCCGAAUGGUAUCGUUACAAAACGGUGACAAACAAAAACGUAAAAAAAAAAAAAAAAUUGAUAUUUUUGGAAAAUCGGGAGAUUUGGCUUUCUAAUCGUGAGGCGUGAGCAUUGGGGUCAAAAUCGGGAGUCUCCCGACCAAAUCGUGAAACUUAACAGGUAUGCAAGUGUUGUUAGAAAAUAAAUCGGUAGGGGGAACAGUUUUUAAAAAAAAAAGAGACCUGUUGUUGAGCUGCAUUUAGAGGCAGAAAAAUUGAGAUUUUAAAAAAAUUAAAAAGGUUAUUUUAUAGAGGAGGAAAAGUUGAGCCAUUUUGGGAAAGAAAUGGUCUAUUUUUGAGAAAAGCAAACUUAUACAGUGCAAGGACGUUGGUUUGGUCUCAACAUUGGUAGGGACUAAAGAUGUCGAUUGGGUCCGAUCACGUCAUUUUCAAAGUAUCGGAAUCGGCAAAAAAAUAUCGGACAUGCCUUUUUUUAAUAUAUAUAUAUAUAUAUAUAUAUAUAUAUAUAUAUAUUUUAUUUAAAUCGUUUUCUAAUUGUAUUUAACGUUACAGAUAAAAUGUAUUACACUCAUCCAGAGUAGUUUUGGCUUAAAGUAGGGCUAUCAAAUUUAUUGCGUUAACGUCGGUAAUUAAAAAAAAAAAUUAAUCACGUUAAAUAAUUAACACAUGCGCCGCACGACCCACUCACGCAUUGUCGCGUUCAAUCUAUAAAGAUGCCGUUUUACCUAUAGAUAGCGCUAAAAGGUGGUGUAUAUUGAGUAGAGAGACUUUUGACAACCUUUGGAGCCAUUUUGUAUGUGGCUAAAGCCUUACAAUACCUCUCUCAGGAAUUUAAAAUAACGUGGGAGGCAAUGUGGAGAAGAGUAGUAGUUCAUCAUUUUCUUGACACCCUAUGAUGUUUCUCAACGCAGAGAAGAUAUAUCAAUUGGUGCCCCUUCGCACAGUCAUGGUUGCACUUCCCAUCAUGCAUUUGGGCAGAAGUUGAAUGGCUGCAGUAUCAUUUACUGAAAGCCCAACAAAUACACUAGGCGGCAAUAUUUAGUCACAAUAUACAAAGUCACAUUUAUCCUUUAAGAAUUACAAGUCUUUCUAUCCGUGGAUCCCUCACAGAAAGAAUGUUAAUAAUG